CAGUGCCCCAGCAUACCCGACUGGCCACCCCGGUCGCAAAUCGCCCCUCAAAUUCCGCCAGCCGUGCUCGUCCUGCGGUGUUAGCCCCCAGAGCCCGCGUCCAUAAACCACGCCUGCACGUCCCGCUCGCCGCAGCUGCACGCCAUGCUUCACGUCCGCCACUCUUUCCGCGUUCCUGCGCUGCGUGCGCGAUGCCUUGCUACCCAUGCACCUCAAGCGCGUGUCGUCACCUCUGCUGUCCGCCAUGACUGGACGAAGCUCGAGAUCCAGAAGAUUUACGACAGCCCGCUGCUGGAUCUCACUUUCAGAGCAGCAACCGUACAUCGAGAGCACCAUGACCCGAGCAAGAUUCAAUUGUGUACCCUCAUGAACAUCAAAACGGGUGGGUGCUCGGAGGAUUGCUCGUACUGCUCGCAGUCGUCCCGGUAUCAGACGGACACGAAGGCAUCUCGUCUUGUUGACGUCGAACCCGUGCUCGAAGCCGCCCGGAAGGCUAAAGAGAACGGAAGCACUCGGUUCUGCAUGGGCGCGGCGUGGAGAGACUUGGCCGGUCGCAAGCGUGGUUUCGAGAAGAUCCUGCACAUGGUACGAGAAGUCCGGGGGAUGGGUAUGGAGGUAUGCACGACGUUGGGCAUGCUGUCCCCUGAGCAGGCGAAACAGUUGAAGGAAGCUGGCUUGACAGCAUAUAACCACAACCUUGACACGUCGCGAGAGUUCUACCCCGAGGUCAUCACCACGCGUUCCUAUGACGAGCGUCUGGACACGAUCUCGGCGGUGCGCGAGGCAGGAAUCAGUGUGUGCUCCGGCGGUAUUCUUGGCCUCGGCGAGACAGACAAGGAUAGAGUUGGUUUGAUCUGGGAGGUGUCCAGUAUGCCAGAACACCCCGAGUCAUUCCCUGUCAAUGCUCUCGUGCCAAUAAAGGGCACGCCGCUCGAGAACAACGAAUCUGUCCCUUACCAAACGCUACUCCGGACGAUUGCCACUGCCAGGAUAGUGUUGCCACAGACUAUAAUUAGACUCGCUGCAGGUCGCCAGACUCUCGACGAGUCGAAGCAGGCGAUGUGCUUCAUGGCCGGAGCUAACGCCAUCUUCACCGGCGAGCAGAUGCUCACGACACCAUGCUCUCCUUGGGAUGAAGACAAAGCCAUGAUGGCGAGAUGGGGCCUCGAAGGGAUGCACAGCUUCGAGCAGGUCAGCGUUGCACGGAAGGAGACUUCGAGAGUCAACUCCGGGGCGCUUGUGGACGACCUGUCGGCAGUAACGCAGGCCCAGUCAAUUUAGAGCUUGGCGACACGGUCGGCGCAGGAAAUUUGAUUGCGACCCCUUGUAUAAUUCGAUCUGUAGCGAUAGGUAGACGGUGCGCCGCUGAAAAUAUACCGCCGGUGAUGUAUCCUGAAAG